AUGCGCGGAGAAGCUAGCGAUUUGGCAGUGACCAGUGGCGAUAUUGCCAGCGGUGCGUUGUCACCAGAAAAGCAGCAAGAGCAAGAAUUGAUGGGGAAAUUGGCGUCGAGCGGAAAAUUGCCGGCGAGACCAGCUAGCAGCUUCUUGCAGAAGAAAUUGCAACAGAGGAAGUUUUUCGAUUCGGGUGAUUAUGCCAUGGAUAAAUCAAAAGCUGGCGGCGGUCUUCUUGGAAAACCGCAUCCACUUGCUGGAGUGCCGGCUCCUGUCGAAAAGGUUGCUCCGCAACCAGCGCCGGUGCCGUCUCUAUCAGCAUCGCCUGUUGCUCAAACCACGAGCCGCCCCAGCGCCGAACGUUUGGACGAUGACAAUUUACAGAUUCCACGACCUGACACGGUCCCACAGCGAAAAGCAUCAAUCAUCAAUCCAUCGGUUCAUUGCAAGCUCAGUCCAGCCCCACAUGUGCAGCAUCAUGACGCAGCAAAUGUCGCACAGAAUACGAGCACCAACGAAUAA